AAGACUUACCAGGCCAAUGGUGAGAGUUGCACUCGCCUGGGUUCUCCCGGAGCAGUAUUUAGUCCGUACUACCCUGCCAACCGAAUCAGUCCACUUCUCUCUGUGUUUAAUCCCUCAAAUGAUUCCACCUACUCCGUAGCUGACGCUUUGAUUCAUUUUUUGUUUCUUUGAGUCAUUGCGACUGUAGAUCUGUUUGCUCUGUUUUUAGUGCAAGCCUUACAAACAAUGUCGGAAACGCCUGAGCCAACCCGCCAAGCUUCGGCUGCUCCCGAGGCCCCGGCGGCUACUGGAGGGUCUCCAGCUCCUGCGGCUGAGGCUGCCACUACCGAGCCAGCAGCCUCUCCACCCGCUGCCACAUCCGGUCCAAUUCUUGACCCGCAGCAUUGGGCACAGGUCAAUGAGGAACAAGCACAGGCUGAGGCUGACGGGGCGGAUGAUGACAAUGCCGAUGCCGACUCAACCCUCGACCCGGAUAACGCCUCAUCCACUGCUUCCAUCACCUCUAGCAUUCUGGAAUACAGAACUAUCCAUGGUCGCACCUAUCACAGCGAGCAGGGUAAUGCUCAGUACUGGGCUUCCAAUGACGAGCAGCAAAAUGAUUUGAUGGAUCUCACCCACCAUAUCCUCACCCUUGGUCUCGGAGAUAAACUUCACCUGGCUCCCCUAAAAGAAGAGAAGCUUCAUCAAGCUAUUGAUAUCGGUACCGGUACUGGCAUCUGGGCCAUUGAUUUCGCCGACCAAUACCCUGGCGCUGAGGUUAUCGGAACCGACCUCUCUCCCAUCCAGCCCUCUUGGGUUCCCCCGAAUGUUCAAUUCGAGAUCGAAGACUGUACUCGCGAAUGGACUUUCAAGUCCGACUUUGCCGAUUACAUCCACGUCAGAUGGUUGAUGGGUAGCGUACGUGAUUGGGACGCCUUCUUCUCUGAAGCCUACAGAGUCUGCAAGCCCGGCGCCUGGAUUGAAAGCCACGAAGCUUCCUGCAAUGUAAGCAGCGAUGACGGUACUGUCGCUCCCAACUCUGCUAUGGGUCACUGGGGUGAAUUCUUCAAGGAGGGCGGUAAGAAGAUCGGUACAAGCUUCAGCGUCGUUGAGGACGGUACUCAGCGUAAGGCCAUGGAAAAGGCCGGUUUUAUCAACAUCCAAGAAUUCGACUUCAGAAACCCUGUUGGCACUUGGCCCAAGGACCCCGUUGAGAAGCGCAUGGGUGCUUACUCCAAGUAUGGUCUUGAGACAGAUAGCGAGGGCUUCAUUCUGUUUAUGGCGCACACACUUGGAUGGACGAGGGAGGAGAUUCUUGUUUAUGUUGCUCAAUUCCGAAGAGAGAUUCGCUCUGGAAAGCAUCACGGAUACUUUGCUCAAAAGGUUGUUUGGGGACAGAAGCCUGAAACUACGACUGCUUAGAUGGCAUUGACGCGGAGCUCACUCACGAUGCCGGAAUGGCAAUCACGACUAUCAAAUGACAACACUUUUAUAAAGAAGAUAUUCAAUUUAGAGCUAUCAUGCAGAUACGUUCCAAUGCUAUCACGACUUCACGAUUGAAUACGCUUAUGAUAGAUCAUACCUACCUACCCUAAAGAGAUCGGUUUGAUGUGACA